CCUGUAUGGAAGCCAAGUCCACCCCCUAUCCGACCCCUGAAACUCCGCGGGAUUUGUCAUAUCUUACAGCCAUGGCCCUUGCUUUCGCAGUGCAGCCUACCUCUGUCUCUGUCACCAAACCUCAUCUUCCAGGGUCCACUCUCCCGCCACACGAAGACAGGAACUUCGAGAAGGCUCCGAAGGUGAUGCCAGUCGUGGCUGGCGCUUUCCUGGGCCUAAAAGGGUUGCGAGCCACACGACGCUCGAGGGUGCCACGCGCUGGCGCUCCACCCCAACCGAUCUGGCAGACCAACCGUCUCACAGUUGAGCAGCUGGAGCGGCAGUGGCUUCUGUCCUAUGAGCCGCAGGAAAUUCCUGAAUCCAAGGAGGACUUCUCUCAGGCAGUCUUGCGGUUCCUCGGAGGCAGUGUCCUGAUGGCGGUCUUGGCUCAGGCCUCCUUCCUUGGGCGAAGGGCGGGAUCUGAAGUCCCGCCCUUCUCAGCCUAGUGACGUCAUUGGUGUGGGUGGGUGAGCAGGUGUACAGACGACAGCAAGUUCAGGGGAUCUGGAUGGGCUGCACACUUGCUUGGCUCCCCAGCGUUUCAAGUGGGUCAUUUGAGAUCCGUUCAUUGUACAGUUGGUUCGCGUCUGACUUCGGAGCGAUGACUCUUCAUUUCAAGAGCCUUUUGAAGAUUCACAGAGCACGAGAUGGCUCUAGAUCUGUGAAGGCCUUCCAAGGACGCACAUUUGGCCACCAUGGCCCACACCUGUUCAAUUGCGAGGUUCCAACAGUCGCAUGGUUGAGGCUUCGGGACACUUGACCGAGAGAGUUGUUCAAAACAGCUUUAGCUAAGCUUUAAACAUUAGGCUUUAGACGUUUUCAUUCACAUGAUUAACAGCUUCUCCUGGUGACUGGAAUUAGCCAGUCUCAGAUCUGUCCAAAGCCGUGAUUUUCAGCCCCUGUGCGGAACAUGCCUAUCCGCAUAGUUCUUUUGGGGUCCGAUGCUCCAAUUCGACCAUUUCCCUGUCAGAGCAUCACUGCAAGCUAUCCACUGCAGGUUGAUGGGAGGCCUCUCAGUUAGCUACUACCAUGAGAGGUUCUGCGGUUGACUGGGAACGUCAUAGUCUUGCUUGAGAGUCGCC